ACUUAUGACACUGGCAGUAGCAAGGGAUUCCUACUGCUUGAUGUUGGAUGAGGAUACUUGUACCUGCAGAAGAAAGUUUGAGUUUGAAGUAUAGAAGACUUCUGCAAGGACAUCCCUUCAUGUUCAAUAUACAGUAGGCUGAAGACCAUGAAGCAAAUGCUGAAUUAGUGUUCUAACUGAUAUACUGUAGCAAAUACGUGAGGAGCGGGAGACUGAAGGAUAGAUAGAGAUGUGUCAGGGUGUUCAACUUGACAAGAUCGAAGACAGAUUUGAAAAGGUGAUAAAUGAUUGGACCAAAAAGCAUGGUUCUGUGUUUUCCUUCAAGCUUUUGAACACCCGGGUCUACGUCGUUAGUGAUUUCCGCAUGGCACGGGAUAUCCUAGCAAGCACCCACGUGACCGCAAAGUUGCCAUUUCCAGUGCUAAAGACGCUUCAUGGAACGCACAACGCUGGCAUAGCGUUCUGUAGCGGAGAAGUAUGGCAGGAACAGCGUCGUUUAUUUGUAUCUUUCCUCAAGAAUGCUACUUUAGGCGGGGUCAGGUUUGAAAAACUCGUUGAGGAGCAAGCACAACGCGUUCUUUUGGAAAUGGAGAAGACGGACAAGAAGAGCUUUGAUCCCAGAUACAUGAUCCAUGCUGCGCUAAACAACGUGGUCCUAAGAAUCAUGACUGGGGUGAAUUAUGAUCAUGGAGAUCCUGAAUUCAUCCUAUUCAUGAAACUCUCAUCACGCCUCUUCAGUUUGUUAGGUCCGGGAGGACUGCUAGCAGUGCUCCCGGUACUCGCAGCUGGCACUUCUAAAACGGGACAAGAUUUGACAGAAACAUGGAAAGACAUCCUGAUCUUCCUCAAGAAACGAAUUGCAGAGCACAGAAUAAAUUUCGAUCCGAAUCAGGAGACUACUGAUUUUAUGCACCUGUAUCUCCAGGAAAUGGCAAGAAGGGAGUCGCAGAAUGAUCAGCGAUCUUUCAAUGACACCAACAUGCUGGCGAGCACCUUUGAUGGGGUUGUAGGUGGAACAGACCCAACAAUCCUAAAUAUCUUAUGGAUCUUGCAUACAUUUGCUUGUUAUCCCGAGGCCCAACGCCGAGUUCGUCGAGAAAUAUCCGAGGUUAUCGGCAACGACAACUUUCCAAGAUUCUCUGAUCGACUACGAAUGCCUUUGACAAUGUCAACGAUCACAGAAUGUCGCCGUUUCCGACCAGUGGUUGAUAUUCUUAUUCCCCAUGUGGCCACAAAGGAUUGCAAGAUUGGCGAGUAUGACGUCACAAAGGGAGGCGUGGUUACGGUCAAUUUAUUUCAUUUUUCCAGAAGUCCCGACCUUUGGGACAAGCCUAAGGAAUUCCAGCCAGAUCGAUUCUUGACAGAAACCGGGGAGUUUGAUAUGAAGAAAGAGCCUCUCUUCUUUGGAAUAGGUCGGAGAGUUUGCCCGGGAGAACAACUGGCGCGAAUGAACAUCUUUAUUUUCAUCACUCACAUCCUGCAGAGAUUUGCCAUCAGUCUUCCAGAAGGUGCCCCGAUGGACCUACCUGCUCUCCAUGGUUUAACUACCACUCCGGAUCCUUUCGAGAUUCAUGCUGUACAGAUUGAUGACGACCAGAUCGAAUGACCGAGGGGUACUCGUCACCUGACAUAUGGGGAGCGUUUCAUGACAGGACUUGUCAGACGUUUUAUCUUGACAAGUUCUGUUCUAUCCGACAGUUACCAUAUAGUAACAUUACCUCUCAGCCAGUCAAUUUGUCGGACAAAAAUAUUAAAACGCUUCCCAGUUGUCAGCUUUCUACCUAAGAUGCAUUGUUUCUGGGGAAAAAAUCAGUACACAGGUCCAUAGUCGCAGUACAUAUUAGGAUUUUACGGAGGAGUUUAGCCUCUGUAUCGUUCAUAAACGACAUGCAAUACGUUUAAUAAUAAGUUGAUUGAAAUCGUCCUCUCAGCUACAAGGCCCCAUCAUCGCCCCAAGUCAAUGUAAAUUUCUGUUCUUAACUCGGUGUACUCCACACAGUCGAGCUUAUUGUAGGACAUUAAUUGCUCAUGUGCGUAAUUAUUGAUUGUAUUGGCGUGGUAAAAACAACUGUCAAACGGAUGAAAUGUCACCUAAGCUCCCAAAUAGCUGAUAUCGCCCACUCCUCGGGUAUUUUAUCAUUGGAGCUAUAUAAUUCUGGGCUCCGUAUCACAAAGGUUUGCGAUCACUCCUUAAACAUGUUAAAUAUCAAUGAUCAAUCAAAAUGAUCGUUGCAUGCGCACUCUGUAUAAAAUACUGACCGGGAACCAAUCAGUCCGGUUCUUUCAUAAUUGCCAUUCACUGCAAACUUUUGUGUAACGGAGGCAACGAUCAUUUCUUUUCCAGCUAGAGCAACGGUCGUCUAUCUUGGAUAUAUGCAUUUCAAAUCUGGGGUACCUCAAGGAUGAGUGAUCGGGCCACCUUAUUUCUGCUAUAUAUCUAUGGCAUCCAGUCCAAGAUGCAUCACUUUACCUAUAACUGGUGUGAUCAUGUAGAUAUCGACACAAAAUAUGUUGUUUCAUAUUACAAUACGACCACCCACCCGGGCCACCAAACCAUUUCUGAUCGGUCUAGUGUCCUUUUGGUACUUAUAGAGUCAAGAAGACUGGGGAAGGUCCUUCCCCAUGAUGGGAAGUGAGCCCCUGUACGACACAGCUACGCAUUUUCAAACGAGCCAAUAUAUCGAAGGUCGAUGCAAGUACCUCGGAUUUACCAUAUCAAAAGAUCUCGGAUAAAAUACGAACUGUCAACUUGUCAACAUGGCCAGCAAUAAUCUUCAGAAGCUGAAGAGAACUCCUUCACCUCAAUACAAGUGCAUAUAAAACCCUGUUUCGACCACAGCUUAAAUGGUGCUGGCAGAAAGCCUAAACUUUUUAAAGUAAUCCGUUUGAAGGUUAACUCUCUUUGUGGCCUCCUUGGAAAAAAUAUGAAAAGAUACGACAUCAAAAUCCAUUUACGAAGUAAAAAUAUGUUUAUGUGUUUCACUGAUUUUCAACUUUUGUUUACUCAUUGUUUUCCAAUGAAAAUAUUGUUGCUACAUUUGUAGAAUCAUAUUGAGCAUU